AUGUCGUCAGGAGGUGAUAGUGGGGUGGUUCUGAGGCAGCCAAAUCUGUCUCCAUAAAAUCUGAUCACCUCAGAUGACACCCAGCUGAUGACUUCACAUAAAGUUAUCAGCAAAUGCGCCAACAACAAUAUAUAUGCAAAUGGCUGGGUAGCACAUGGAAAGUCAACACUGGUAAAAACUAUUUCUCGAGUUUGUUUUGUCCAAUCCAAAAAUGAGCCAGAAAGAAAAGUUCAGUAUCAAGGGUAUGCUAAUGCCAAGAUUUACAAAUGUGAUGACCCAACUCUACCAAAUAUUAACAGAUCUUGUAGAAGUAGCACAGCAGAUGAGUUUCCUACAGACAUUUCAAGAACGAUAGAAAUGUUCAAAUUAGUCAAACAUAUGCCUUUUAUGGUUUGUUCUUACAAUUAUAUUUUGAGGGCUACCAUGCUGAUUGGUGCAGCAGUUACCCAUACAGCCAUGCUAUUGAUAGACAGCAAUGAGUCUUGUCCUCAGGCUAGGACUUCUGAAUUACCAGCUGCUAUAGGAAUCAUGAAAUUCAAAAUUCUGAUGUUACAGAAUAAGAAUGAUUUGGUGGAAUCUCUUCCAGGGUAA